GCGGGGACCAGGGGGGCGCAGGGUAUAAAGUGGCCGCGGCUGCGUCGGCAGCAGAGAAGCCGCCCUGCCCGGCGGAGACGCCCUCCGGGUCUGGUGGCCUGCAGCCGAGACCCUUCCCAGGCUCCGCGGGCGUGUCCCCAGCAGGCAGCGAGGAGGAAGGUCGCCGCCUGGGCGCAAUCCGGCGGGCGGCCAGGGGGAAGAGGGCGGCGAAGCCAUGAGCGCCGCGGCCACGUCCGCGCCCAACGCGUCCUGGUGGGCGCCGGCCAACGCGACGGUCUGCCCGGGCUGUGGCGCCGACGCCUCGGACGGCCGGGCCCCUGUGCCGCGGCCGGUGGACGCCUGGCUUGUGCCGGUUUCCUUCGUGGCGCUGAUGCUGCUCGGGCUGGCAGGGAACUCGCUCGUCAUUUUCGUCAUCUGCCGCCACAAGCAGAUGCGGACGGUGACCAACUUUUACAUAGCCAACUUGGCGGCCACGGACGUGACCUUCCUGUUGUGCUGCGUGCCCUUCACGGCCCUGCUCUACCCGCUGCCCGCCUGGGUGCUGGGCGACUUCAUGUGCAAGUUCGUCAACUACAUGCAGCAGGUCUCGGUGCAGGCCACGUGCGCCACCCUGACGGCCAUGAGCGUGGACCGCUGGUACGUGACCGUGUUCCCACUGCGCGCCCUGCGCCGCCGCACACCCCGCCUGGCUCUGGCGGUCAGCCUCGGCAUCUGGGUGGGCUCGGCCACCGUGUCCGCGCCGGUGCUCGCCCUGCACCGCCUCUCGCCCGGGCCCCGCACCUACUGCAGCGAGGUCUUCCCCAGCCGGGCCCUGGAGCGCGCCUUCGCGCUCUACAACCUGUUGGCGCUCUACCUGCUGCCGCUGGUCGCCACCUGCGCCUGCUACGGGGCCAUGCUGCGCCACCUGGGCCGCACCGCCGUGAGCCCCGCGGCCGCCGACGGCGCCCUGCAGGGCCGGCUGCUGGCAGAGCGGGCCGGCGCCGUGCGGGCCAAGGUCUCGCGGCUGGUGGCCGCGGUGGUCCUGCUCUUCGCCGCCUGCUGGGGCCCCAUCCAGCUGUUCCUGGUGCUGCAGGCGCUGGGCCCGGCGGGCGCCUGGCACCCGCGCAGCUACACCGCCUACGCGCUCAAGAUCUGGGCGCACUGCAUGUCCUACGGCAACUCGGCGCUGAACCCGCUGCUCUACGCGUUCCUGGGCUCCCACUUCCGGCAGGCCUUCCUCCGGGUCUGCCCCUGCGCCCCGCGGCGGCCCCGCCAGCCCCGGGGCUCCGGGCUGCCCGCCCCCGCCGCCCCCCCGACGGAGCUGCGCCGCCUGGCCGGCCCCCCGAAGCCCGGGAGAGUGCGGGUGUCCUGAGGGAGCGUCCUGCCCCAAUCCGGGCGGAUUCUGCGGGGAGCGAGCUGGCCCCUGUGGGACAGGUGCCGUUUGAACAGCAGCCGCUCCUUUGUGGUUAUUAAUAUCUCGGUUUCUGUGCAAGAUAAUCAUAGUGAAAACGCCCCCCCACCCAUAUCCCCUCCGUACGAAUUUGCUGUGAUGUCUGCUCCCACUGAUGUCCUAAUUACUUCUGUAUUUCCUGAAAUUGAAGACACUUUGAUACUGGCCCUCUCUGGAACGUUCCCCCAAAGCACCGACGGA